CCGGGCGGAGGGGCGGGGCGAGCCCUCCUCGCCGUUCGGUCACGCGCGGCAGGAAGUGGUGCGCCAGGCGGAGUAUUAGCGAUGGGGACCACCCUGGACAUUAAGAUUAAAAGAGCGAACAAGGUUUAUCACGCUGGGGAAAUGCUCUCCGGGGUGGUGGUCAUAUCUGGGAAGGACUCGGUCCAGCACCAGGGCCUCUCCCUGACGGUGGAAGGAACCGUGAACCUGCAGCUCAGUGCCAAGAGCGUGGGGGUGUUCGAAGCCUUCUAUAAUUCCGUGAAGCCCAUCCAGGUCAUCAACAGCACCAUCGAAAUGGUGAAGCCAGGAAAAUUUCCUGGCGGCAAAACAGAAAUUCCUUUCGAGUUUCCGCUGCACGUGAAGAGUAACAGAGUUCUGUACGAGACAUACCAUGGCGUGUUCGUCAACAUCCAGUACACCCUGCGCUGUGACAUGCGGCGGUCCCUGCUGGCCAAGGACUUGACCAAGACCUGCGAGUUCAUCGUCCACUCCGCCCCUCAGAAGGGGAAAUGGACUCCGAGCCCCGUGGACUUCACGAUCACACCUGACACGUUACAGAACGUCAAAGAGAGGGCUUUGCUCCCAAAAUUUCUCAUCAGAGGACAUCUCAACUCAACCAACUGUGUGAUCACACAGCCACUGACGGGAGAGCUGGUGGUGGAGAGCUCAGAGGCUGCCAUCAAAAGCAUCGAGCUGCAGCUGGUGCGCGUGGAGACGUGCGGCUGUGCAGAAGGGUAUGCCCGCGACGCCACAGAGAUUCAGAACAUUCAGAUUGCCGACGGGGAUGUGUGUCGGGGCCUCUCCAUCCCCAUCUACAUGGUCUUCCCCCGGCUGUUCACCUGCCCGACGCUGGAGACCACCAACUUCAAAGUGGAGUUUGAGGUGAACAUCGUGGUGCUGCUUCACCCCGACCACCUCAUCACCGAGAACUUCCCGCUGAAGCUCUGCAGGAUGUAGCCGGAUGCAGGGGACUGCACUGCCAGGGCGGCCCGUGGAAACGCAGUCAUUCCCCCACCCCCCACCACCCCCCAGGAGCGGAAGCUGGCAGCACGGACCUGCAUUCUCAGUGGUUCUGUAUCCGAAAGAGUCUGAUCCUCCUUCCGCAUUUCCCUGAAGCCCCUCUCAUCAAAGCUUCCCUUGGAAAUCCGUCAGGAUUUCUUAACGGUCUUGGCAAGAUGGCUUCCCAGAGAGCAGGUGGUGUUCUGCCUCCUGACCAGACCCGCUCCCGUUCACGUUUAGGAAACAGUUAACAGAGGCUGAACUUUGCUGGAGAGCGAGGUCAGGGAUGAGGAAACUUCUUGAGGGGCAGUGACUCCCCUCCGCCCCGCCACCGCCGCGCCCCGCACCCCCCAAGGCGGCGGCUCACCGGCUGGCGGCUCAGGACGUUGGCCACGCCCACCAAGGAGGGCAGGGGGGCGCUCGCCAGGAGUGGGUAGCGGGUUUUUCUCUCUUUUCUACCAUUUUUUCACGAUAACAUCAAACCUUUUAGGGAACCUGGGGAAGAUGUGCCUUGCCUUCCCAGGAGCGAGGGUCUGGUGACUAUGGCUGGCCCUGGGAUAUUCCUCUCAGGACCUGCUCUGACGUGGCCUGCUGCCAUCGUCCCAGAGUCCGUUCCAGUGCGAGGUUAUGGGAGGGGAUCAAGACGCAGGUCCGCGCCGCCAUGGUGGGCUGGGUGCUGAAGGGCAGGACCCCCGGGCAUGAAGACCCCUCCAUGCUGGGUGGGGCCCGGACUCUAAGAACUUGCCUUCUCGUCUGGAGGACCUGUGUUGGGGGUGCGGAUGGGAGUUGGCUGGAAGUCAUUUUCUCCCUCGCCUCCCAUGGGAAUUUUCUCAGUGUAAGGUGGGUCUGUGACAACACAUUUCUUCCUUCAAAUCCUGCCACUGUUUCCGUGGGUCCACGUGAGUUCACCUCAGAAGUGCACACUUCCUGCCCUUCCCCAGCAGCACCCCACUUGGCAGGCUCUGGCCGAGGGGGGCUCACGGCCCCCAGUGGUCCUUCCAUUGUCCCAGGCCAGCUCUGGUGACCCCGAUGCUGAGGGCAAACAGACCCGACUCAGGCUCUGCUCUACCCUCCGACUUCACCAGCGCAAUGGAUACAACUUACUCACCGAGUCAUGUAAAAAUGUGUUCCCAGGGGGGCGCGCGGGCCGCGCCCGGGCCCGCCGGGUUGCCGGCUCCGCCGGGUUGCCGGCUCCGCGGUCCCGCCCGGCCCCUCCGGGCGCCCGCCAAAAAAAAAAAAAAAUGUGUUCCCAGAACUAGUUUAUACAUUUCCUUUUAUGUGUGUCCAACAUCAACAGCGAUCUGACGCUGCCUUUAAACUAGACCAGCAGAAAACAAGAAGUCCACGCUUCUGGGAAGUUGCACAUGUAGAGAUUGUUUCUGAUGGGGGAAUAAAGCUAAAUGCGAGUUUGGAGCAAAGAUUGGGGACGUAAAUUCCUAUUUAAUGUCUUAAGUAAACCGAUGUUACAGACAUAAAUAUGAUACGAUUAUUCUCCCUCAGGGAAUAGUCAUCACCUGAAGAGUUGCCAGCAGCCUGGCCUCCUUUAGCAUUUUGUUCAACCUCGAGGGACCUGGGCAAGGGCCAUUUCCUUGUCCUCGGACGGGCACCUCCACCGUCAAUUGUUAAGGAAAACUUGGAAGUUUGGGUGUCUUGGGCAGUGGUCCCAUUACUGACCUGGCUGGAGUGUCCCGUGGUCAGGCUCUCCCAUUAGAACAGGGGGAAGCGGAAGUGAAGGGAAGAGACUGUGACCCUAAAAGAGUACACUUUUCUUGGAAAAGGCCGGUUAGGCCAGAGGACCUUCAGGCUCUCGGUGCUCCAGCAGAAAUGGGAGCCUGGCUCCGGUUCUCAGCCUUGUGCAUUCCACGGGAAAGGUGGAGAGGUCAAUCAGAAAUAAAACGAUUUUAUUUUAUUUUUUAGAAAUAAAACGUUUUUAAAAAACCA